AUGGAUCGUAUCAAGGAGCGUAUGAACAACCUCCGCAUCGAGGCGGAUGAAGCCCACACGAAGAAUGAGGAGCUGAACAGCAAGAUCCGUACCCUUGAGCAGGAGAGCCUAGCCAAGGAGCAGGAAAUCACAUCGCUCAACCACCGUAACUCCCUACUUGAGGAGGAGGUUGAGAAGCUGGAGAACUCCGUUAAGGAUGCUAAGGAUGCUGCCGGUGCCAGUGCCCAGCACGACACCCAGAACGAGGCCCUUCAGCGCCGCGUGCAGCUCCUUGAGGAGGAGGCCGAGGAGAACGAGAAGACUCUCCGUGAGACCAACGAGAAGCUCCGCCAGACCGACGUUAAGGCCGGCCACUACGAGCGCAAGGUCCAGGCCCUCGAGACAGAGCGUGACCAGUGGGAGGCCAAGUACGAGGAGAUGUCAAAGAAGUUCAACGACUUGCAGAAGGAGCUGCACGAGCUCGAGGUCUCCAUCAGCAACGUUUAA